AUGCCCGCCCAAGCCAACACCCAGCUCGACACUCCUUCGACCCGCGGGCGCAAACGGGCCUUUUCAACCGCCGCCCUUGACGAGGCUUCAGACGACGGCGGCAGCGCCGAGAGCGAGCAUCUGGAGUGGGAAUGGAUAUACAGCAGCGACCAGUCAGAGCACGGCGAGGAUGACGGCGCGGGCGACAGGAAGAGGAGGAAAGUCGCGGGCAACUCCAAGAUUGUCGGGGCUCGAUAUGGCGACUUUGAGUGCCGCGUGGGAGACACGGUGAUGCUCAAGGCGGACGGAUCGAACGGCACAUGGGUGGCCAUCAUCUGCGACUUCCGGGACGACGAUGCCGUCGACGGCAUGGCUGCCAAUUUCAUGUGGUUUUCGACGGAGAAGGAGAUUCCCAACAAGGACAAGAAACGAAAGGACUAUUACUGGAACGAGCUCUACAUAUCGCCGUCUUGCGACGUUAACCCCCUCGCCUCGAUCGACGGAAAAGCCACCAUCAUGUCCCCCGAAGCCUUCCGCCGCGCGUAUCCCUCUGGCAAGAUUCCGCGCAACUCGCCCGACUACGGCAAGACCUUUGUCUGUCGGCGCGGCUGCAACACCCGAUCAACGACAUACACGGACGAGUUUGUAUGGGAGGAAGUGUAUCAGAACGGACAGGACGUGCCUGCACUACUAGAAAUGGUCGAGAAGGGCACCCGGCCGACCCGUCGCAAGACCAGAGCACCGUCACCGCCAGCAGGAGACACAUAUUUGCCGCCUCAAACACCAACAAAGACUGGCAGAAACUCUGCCACAACUCCCAAGUCGAAGAGAGGGCAGCGGAGCGGCGGCAAGAAACUCGAGUUUACGCCAUUGGCCACGCGGAAGCUGUCGCCGAGCCAGGUCCAGUCGUCUCCGUUCCAGAUAGCCCGCUCACGUCUCCAUGUUGCAGCAGUGCCCUCCAGUCUACCUUGCCGUGAGGGAGAGUUUUCGCUUGUAUACUCACAUCUAGAAGCUGCCAUCACCGAGGGGACCGGUAACUGCAUCUAUAUCUCCGGGACGCCAGGUACCGGUAAGACGGCCACGGUACGAGAAGUCAUCUCUCGCCUCGAGGAAGGCGUCUGGUUGGAUGAGCUGGAUGACUUUAUCUUUGUCGAGAUCAAUGGCAUGAAGAUUACGGACCCUCAUCAGGCAUACUCGCUGCUCUGGGAGGCGCUCAAGGGGGAGCGUGCCAGCCCAGCCCAAGCCCUCGAUCUGCUGGAACGAGAGUUUAACAACCCCAGCCCCAGGCGCAUCCCCUGCGUGGUCUUGAUGGAUGAGCUUGAUCAGCUGGUUACAAAGAACCAGGCGGUCAUGUACAACUUUUUCAACUGGCCAACCCUCCGACAUAGCCGUCUGAUUGUGCUCGCUGUAGCCAACACGAUGGAUCUUCCAGAGAGAACUCUAAGCAACAAGAUCAGCAGUCGAUUGGGCCUUACCCGAAUUACAUUUCCGGGCUACAACCACGAACAGCUUAUGAAAAUUAUCCAGUCCCGGCUCGAAGGCGUUCCGGGAAACAUUGUCGAUGCGGAUGCCAUCCAGUUCGCCAGUCGCAAAGUCGCUGCCGUCAGUGGAGACGCCAGACGAGCCCUGGAUAUCUGCCGCCGAGCCGUCGAGCUGGCCGAGGGCGACGCGCCCGGCGAUCCCAUGACGCCGAGCAGGAGAGCCCCGGACAAGGGAGCACCUGAGCAGUCCAAACGCGGAAGAGUCACGAUCUCAACCAUCAAGAGGGCCAUCAACGAGGCCACGACGAACCCGAUCCAGCAGCAUCUGCGCGGCCUCCCACUGACGUCCAAGAUGCUCAUGGCAGCACUGCUUCUGAGGAUCAGGCGAAGCGGGCUGGCCGAGACGACGCUGGGGGAGACUCUGGACGAGCUCCAGCGCGUUGCCGCGUUUGGGGCCAGACCUCCUCCGGGCAUGGCACAGAUCCUCCCGGGACUCGCCAAAGGAAGCCAGGCCGUUGGUCGACGCCUGGUGGGACGGCCAAUGUACAUUCAUACAGCCGCCCUGGAGCUCGUGGCCACUGGCUUGAUCAACCUCGAGGCUCAUCGUGCAGACCGCUCGAGCAGGUUGCGAUUGGCCAUCGCGGAUGACGAGGUUAAGAUGGCGCUUCGCGAUGACGCUGAUCUCAAAGCCAUGGGUCUCAGUGUUUGA